UCUCUGUUAUCAUCUAAGUCGUGUCGUGUGUGCGUACUGUUAGCUAGCUCCAAUGGCGCGCCCGAAAAAUCUAGAGUAGGACCGGAAAUAUGUUGUGGUGGACGAUCUAAGAUUCUCGGACACAACAUUUGUGCCUAGAAUAAUAUCUCCCUGACCCUCACUCGGAAAAGAGAGGCCAGGCACAGCCUUUUGAUAAAAUACGGUAGGCUAACUUCUUCAGAAUGGGUCAUUUUAACAAUUGUGUCUUUCCGGAUAACUCUACAAGCUUGUACACCGUAGGCUACAAACACUGACAGUAUACAAUAACAGGUACUAGGUCUAGAUCAGUCUAGAUCAGUAAUCUAGUUCCAAAAGAAGGAGCUUCGCAGAACAUGUCCACUAAGCGGUAUCUCAUCAUAACUGCUGAUGACUUUGGCUUCAGCACCGAGAAGAACAAUGGAGUUAUGGAAGCAUUUGGCAAUGGUGCUGUGAAAAGUGCUUCAAUCUUGCUGAACUGCACAGCUACAGACGAGGCAGUAUCCAUGGUGAAAAAGAGUACCAUUUGUCCAGGACUUCAUUUGAAUUUGACAGAGGGAAAGCCAAUAUGUAAGGAAGCGCAUAAGUCUUUGCUUGAUUCCACUGGGAUAUUUCAUGGGAUGAUAAAUACCCCAAAACUUCUUCAGUCUGGAAGCAUUGACAAAUUGGAGAUUCGAAAGGAAAUUGAAAGUCAGCUGGCGAGAUACAUUGAGCUCUUUGGGACCAAGCCAGUCUAUGUUGAUGGGCAUCAGCACAUUCAUGUGCAUCCAGAGGUUGGGCCGAUAUUUGCAGACGUUCUGAAGAGUCAUGGUGUGCACAUAACUCGAUAUCCUGUGGAGUUGAAUAUUCCAUCCAAGAUGUGGGUGAAUCCGGAGUUCAAGCCUUUCUUCCUUGAGAUGAUGAAAAAUGCAGAACAGUGCAAGUCAAUCCUGGACUUGCAUGGAAUCAGAUCAACGGAUGCAUUUGUGGGCCUGUCUACCAUGGGUUCAGAUAUGACAGCAGAGAGACUGCAGUUGAUCAUCCUAGAAGCUUUUGAAGAUGUGGAGAAGAGACUUGGAGGGGACCACAAGCGUCCUGCAACCUGUGAGUUGAUGACCCACCCUGGCCACCCGACCAGCAGAGACUACGGCGGCUUCUCGUGGGGAACUGACGAUUUCGGCGCGUCACAGGACCGGGUGCACGAGAUACAGGUCUUGAGCAGUCCUGAGAUGAUGGAGUUUUACAAGAAGAAUAACAUUGAGCUUGUGUCGCAUGAAGUGCUAUUGCCCUGAAUUGACCCCCCCAACUUUUCACCCAUUACUUCUAAACUAUGUGCUGAUUUCAAUCACCACUUUGUGUGUUGUAGAAAUCUUAAUCUUCUGUUUUAUGCUUUAACUUGACAAAAAAAAAGAUCCAGCCUUUUUCUCAUGUUGCUUUAAAAGUGAUAUAAGAAAUGGCUAUUGAAAUCGAGGUUGUUUCACUUGAAGUGUUAUUGCCCCUGUCACUUUAAAAGUAAUGGCUAUUUAAAAGUUCCCACUUUAUUUUUUGUAGACAUUCAAAUCAACUGUCUAAUGCCUGAAUUUAAUGCCUUUAAUGGCUAUUAAAAUUAAGUGUGGAUUUCUAUUACCACUUUGUAUGUUGAGAAAUAUAAAUCUACUGUCUUAUGCAUGAUUUUGACCAAAUAAACCCAAACAACUUC